AUGGCGAGAGCUGAGAUGACGGGAAGAAGCAGACCCAUCGAGAAUCGAGGAAUGACCAUGUACUCCAUCCCUUACGGGGCUCAUGGAUUAGCGUAUUUCGAAAGAGGAAGACGGGGGGCCGGCUGGUCGGGGUUAUUCCCCCCCCCCCCCCCCCCCCCCCGCUACCACAAAGAUCACUGCCCAGCCACCGCUCGAGGGUACCUCCGCUCCCCAACUGAGCAAAAUGGAUCAAAUUCGCGGGAAAGGAGAGAUAAAAAAAGGGAAGGUUCUGCUGAGACUCAAGUUCCCCUGCCGGAGCUCCCCGAACCUGAAGUAGAAGUCGAGGGGCUGCUCAGUGAGAAGAAGCGUCAAAUGAUUCGGACAGUUGUCGCGCUGGUGGAGCAGGGAGCCUACAGGGAAGAUUGGGGCAAUGAGGAGUUCGACGAUUUAGCCCAUCGACUACAUCUAUCGCUGAACCAACUUCCGAAUCAUCUACCGAAUCGCAUAAUCAACCGGAUCCACCUAAACCUAAUAAAUUUCCUCUAG